GUUCUGUAUGUAAUUAUGUAACGACCCCCUACCUAACAGUUAAAUCUUUUUUCAUCUCUGUUUUGGUUUGGUUAGGAACUACACAAUAUUACUUUAUUCAUUGAGUUGGCAGAUCUUGUCUUUUUUAAAAUUGUGUUUCUUGAUUAAAUUAACAAUGGUAUCUAAUUCAAAAGGUGAUUUUUAUGAUGAUUACCAAUCUGAUGAUGUUUCAUCGACCAUCCCAGAACCUGGGCCUGUUCAAAUUGUUCAAAUUGUUAAAACAGAGUCUGGAGGUCAUCAAUUAAAACUAGACACGGAGGCUCUUUCAUCAAUUCUUCUCCAGGAUAAGGUGAAGGAUAAGCCUGUGGCUGUUGUCUCAAUUGCUGGAACUUUCAGGACGGGGAAAUCAUUUUUACUCAAUUUCUUUAUAAGAUAUUUUAGUAGACAAGGGGAAAGUGAUUGGUUGGAUGAUGAAGAUGUUCCUUUAAAAGGUUUCUCUUGGAGAUCAGGUCCGGACCGGGAGACAACUGGUAUCCUUAUGUGGUCAGAGCCCUUCAUAAUUGAGAAAGAUGGCAAAGAAAUCGCUGUUCUUCUCAUGGAUACUCAAGGAACUUUCGAUGGCAGACACACAACUCGUGACAGUGCAACUGUUUUUGCCCUCUCAACAAUGACCUCAUCAAUUCAGAUAUUCAAUAUCAUGUUGAAUUUACAGGAAGAUAAUCUUCAAUUCUUAGAACUUUUUACUGAAUAUGGUAAACUUGCCUUAGAGGCUUCACCCGAUGUUAAACCCUUCCAAAAACUUAUGUUCUUAGUUCGUGAUUGGCCUUACGCUGAUGCUCAUGAAUAUGGUUUAAAAGGAGGACAAUCUUUAUUAGAUAAGAGGCUGGAGAUAAUGGAAGAUAUGCCUGAAGAACUUCAACGACUCAGGAGAAAUAUUCGAAGCUGUUUUGCAGAUAUUGAAUGUUUCUUGAUGCCUCAUCCCGGAUUUGAAGUAUCUACCAAAAAAUUUGAUGGUCGAACGAAAGAUGUUUCACCCAAAUUUAUCGAUUUUCUCAAGACUUUGAUACCACUUUUGGUUUCACCAUAUACAAUUCGUCUCAAGAAUAUUGGUGGGGAAGAAGUUUCAGGUCGUCAGCUCCUGGAAUAUUUCAAAGUCUACACCUCCAUCUUCAAAGGAGAUACAAUACCCGGUCCCAAGUCCAUGUUGGAAGCAACUGCGGAGGCUAAUAAUCUAGCAGCUAUUGCAUCAGCUCGAGAUCUUUAUAUGUCAAGUAUGGAGGAAAUGUGUGGUGGUAAUAAACCAUAUCUCAAUGAAUCGUUGUUGCAACGAAAACACGAGCAAUAUCGUUCUGAAGCUCUUGACUGUUUCUUAAAAUUCCGUAAAAUGGGUGGAAAAGAAAUCGAAGAGAUGUAUAUGAAGCAAUUGGAAGAAAGUAUAUCCACUGCUUUCACUCACUUUUGUGCCCAAAAUAAGUCAAAAAAUAUGCUUAACUUAUUUGGUUCGAGUUUUAUCCUUUUGGUCUGGUCUUUUAUUCUCUAUUUUUGUUCAAAAAUCUUUGAAUCAAUCGCUCUCCCACUUUCCAAUCUAUUCUUUCUCUGUGCAACGUGUUCGUUUGCUCUCCUUCUAACUUAUACCAGUUCUAAAUUUCUUGGAACUCUUCCCGAGAUUGUUAUGGCGGUUGAUGCAAUUGUCUCCCAGGUUCAUUCGUGGAUCCAAGACUCGAUGUUAUUAAUGGUACAGAGGUAUUUAGAGAACAGAAUGUUGUCAGUGUCUCAAGGAGCUUCUGGAGGAGAAGCAGGAGCAAGAGGAGAUCGAAGGCCACUUGUUCAAAACACGAGAUAAUGUCCAUGUGAAAAGUCUUUCAUUGUAUGGCUAUAAAAUGUUUAUAAAAAAUUGUAUGGCAAUUCUUUUUUCCUAAAUCUAUUGCGAAUGUAUAAAAGGCAAAAAUCUUUUAAAAUUACCUUAAAUACAAAAACCCGAUUAAUUAAUUAAAUUAACCGGAUUUAUUUUAUUUCUUGUAACACUCAUUCAGAGAGAAAAAAAAUGAGGAAAGUUUCCUCUUGAAUCACCUCAUUUUGUAACGCAAAACACACUGAUAACUGAAUUAUUAAAGAAGUGCCAUCAAAAAUGCA